CGCCCGCGUCCGCCGGAUGCGCACCUCACGAUAGAGCUUCAGCAUCUUUGCUGUGCCCGCAUCUCCGCCGGCUACUCAACGCCAUACAUCCAGCAUGCGCCCCCUUCGGCUGCUUCUGUCGCUUGCUUCGAGCCUGAUAGCUAUCACAGUACUCCUCUACCUCGCCUUUGGAACACAGCGUCAGGGUGAGCCCCGCGCUCCUCCGGCGCCAGCGAAGAAAGGCAAAUUAAAGGCCCUCUUUUCUUUCACCUCGCCAGCCUCGCUAUUUCCUCCCUCCGCUAUCAUCAGCCUUACCGACGAUAACUCUACCUUUUUCCUCGCCAGACCCGCUGCGUUUGGCCCAUUACUACCCACGAAAGGCCUGAGUGGCCCACUAUGGAUAGGAACCGGCUUUGGAGACGACACGAUGGGGAGAGGCGAGCUGGGUUGCAGCGAUGUGCCGGGAUGGAGUGACGGAGGCGACGCCUCAACUGCCGGCGCCAAGGCUGCAUUGGACCCCAAGAGAAAGUCCUUGAGUGCGUCAAGAGGCGACGUCGACAGCCCCAAAUCAGUGCUAUCAAAGCGAACACAAACAGAAGAUGCCACGGAAAGCACAGCCAAUGCCGACAAACAAGAUGGAACAGACGACCACCUUCACCACCCUCUCCCCGCCUCCGAGAUGCCCAAACCGCAUGGCAAGACAUCCGAGCAUGCCGACAUACAGUCUCUACAGGAAGGCGCAGAAAUCGCAGGCAAGGUCGUUCUGCUCAAGCGGGGUGGGUGCGGGUUCUUGGAAAAGGUUAAAUGGGCGCAGAGGAGGGGAGGAGUUGCAUUGAUUGUCGGCGACGAUGUUCGCGGUGGAGCUCUGAUCCGCAUGUAUGCUCACGGGGACACGUCCAACAUCAGCAUACCGGCCCUUUUCACUUCGCAUACGACGGCCCAUCUACUGUCCUCGCUUCUUCCCUUCGGCGGCAUGAUCCAGGAUCUCUCACCUGAAGAUGCCGCCAAGCUAGAACUCCUGAAAGGUGGAAAAAAUAGUAAAGGCAAGGGGAAGUCUGGCAAGAAGCAUUACGGCGGAAACCGUCCCACUUUGACCCAAAGCUCACCUACUCAGGCGUUCAAGAAGACCAAGGGAGCAGCCCCGAAGUCCGUUCCGGGGAAGCAAUCCGAAAAUUCGGACGACAAUGGCUGGCUCCGUUCGUUCCUCUAUGUACUUGGUUUUGGCAACCCAGGGCGUACAACCUCGAAAGGGGACAGCCGAAGACCGCCGAGUAGCGGAAACAUUGACUGGGUUCUGGUUGAAGACUGGGAUGAUGACCAUUCUGAACAAAAGCCCAUGAAAACGAAAACAGCAUCCAAGAGUAAUGCUCUCAAGCCGACGUCCACUCGAGCACCUGGCGACUUCGUAAUUGGAGAGCAAGACUGGCGUGACCCUGACCUUCUUCCACAGCCAACAUCGACCAAGUCGCGACCAAAGGAGAGCGCUACACCAGAACUGGAGGCUGAGAGCGGGAUGAAGGGUGGUAGUGUUAUGCCUAGUAGUGGUGAAUAUAGCAAGGACAGCAGCCACAGUCCCAAUGCCAAGCAAAAUGACGAUAUGGCAGAUGAGGAGCACAAGGGAUGGUUUAGCAGCCUGCUGGGGGAUGAAGAGGACGAAGCCUUGAAAGCUGGAUCAAAGCGUGGCGAUGGAAGCAGCGCUCCAUCAAAGCAGAAAUCACCCCCUGAUCCACUUUCCAAGGAAGCGGAGGAUUCGCCAGAUGACCCUGAACAUCACGAGGGCCUCUGGGUUACACUCACCCCUACGAGCAUGUCCUCCAGUCCCUUCUUUGAUACUCUGCUUGUCCUCGUAAUCAGCCCUCUGGUCACCUUGACCGUCGUGUACGCCCUCCUUCUCCUCCGUUCUCGCAUCCGACGUCGACGCUGGCGUGCUCCUAAGUCGGUCGUCGAACGACUCCCUGUUCGCACCUACCAUACAAUAAGCGACUCCAGCUCGUCUCCUUCCCCCACUCCUGUGUCAUCUUCGCCUACCACACCUUUACUUCAACACUCUCAUUCUCGUCCCACUUCUUCCUUAUCUAGGCCACGGUCUCGGACCACAUCCGAAGUUCCCGCGACGUCGUCAUCAUUCCAAGGCGGUCGGACACCAGAGGAAGAGAAGCGGGAAGCCGGGCUGGCGGAAUGGCGACGUCGUUACGGUGGCCGGCAAAGGGAGUGUGUUGUUUGUCUAGAAGAGUAUGUGGAUGGGAUUAGUAGGGUAAUGAGCCUCCCAUGUGGCCACGAAUUUCACGCGGACUGCAUAACGCCUUGGCUUGUCACUCGUCGCCGAACUUGCCCUAUCUGCAAGGGCGAUGUUGUCCGCUCACUUUCCCAAUCAUACCGCGCCCGAGGGACCCAAUCACCAUCUCCACCACGAUCUCCGCGGCGCUUCAGAGAGGACUCUGAAUAUCUUCAAGUACAAGCUGCUGAAACCAGGAAUGAUUCUCCGUCCGCCUCAAGGCCUGUACCUAUUUCGUCUGCCGCAGCAGCCCAGGAAGACGAUUUGUAUGCUGAUGUUGAAGCGAAUUGGGCUGAUGAUCAAUCCGAGGAUGGUGAAGAGGAUGGAACGGAUACAUCCAGAGACCGAGGCAUUGAUCUAGGCAGCUCAAUGAGGGAACUGAGUACUACCGUGUCUACCACAAUAUGGCGGGGCUUCGACGCUAUUCGCGGCGUUGCCGGUCUCCAACGACGGGCUAGUCGAGAGGAGGUUGACAGAGACCGGUAAGAUGCCUUU